AACACUUUUACCCCUCGUCUUUCAACCCGCAAAACCGUCGAUCUCUCUCCGCUUCCAAAAACCCUAAUCCCGCCUUCCCUCGCCCGCCCCAUCAAAACCCUACACGAUCCUCUCCCCUCAUCAACGCCGAUCGGACUUUGACGGCGCACCUCGAUCGCUGGCUGCGUUCUUGUAGUGUCCGAUUUACCUCGAAUUUAUACGACGAUGGACAGCACAGCCGCGCCGGCGGAGGAGGCCGGUGUCGAUGCCGGAAAGGAAACAGCGACCACGAACGACGCUACUAAGCCUGACGCGGAGGCCGGUGUCGAUGUCGUGAAGGAAACUGCACAUGGUACGGUGCAGCCCCCACCAGACACGGGGCGGACACCGUGGAGUAAAACGGCGACAGCGGCGGCGGCGGAGGAUGGUGGAAAGAAGGGUGAUCUGGUGAUGGGUGCGGAGUCGUGGCCCGCGCUCGGGGAUGUCUGGACCAAAGGUUCGCCCAAUCGUGCGGCGGCCAAUGUUUCUUCUCCUGCUCUAUCGCCACCGAUGGCAGUGCAGAACGCCGGUCAAGUUAGAGGGAAUGUGCUGCCUCCACCACCCUCUCCUUUUGUUCAGGGAUCAAUAGACAUGCACAAAUCUGAUGGAUUUAGAACUAACAAUUCUACCAAGCAUCACUCGUUGAAUCCUCAAAAACAUGGGCCCAGACAUAAUGCACCAGUCAAUAGUGGACAACCUUUUACUGUACCCUUUGCAUGCCAUCAGCAACCAGUGUUGUAUCCUUCUCUCCAACCUUCAAACCUGAUGAACGAUUAUGGCUAUUACACAUGCAGUGCGCAAUUUCCUAAUUGCCAGCUGCCUGAAUCCAAUAUGCCUGUUGUCCCAUCCAGUCAAGCUGGAGGAAAUUAUGGAAACAGAAAUUUCCAACCACCUCCACAAGGAGUUCCAUAUAAUUGGCCUCCCAAUUGUGGAUACGGUGGUACAGCAUACAACAUUCCUGCACCUCCCAACAACUUUAAUCCAACUUGGUGCAACCAAUGGGCUGUGAGGGGCUGUGAAAAUGGACCAAGAACUCCUGUGCCAAGAACUACUAUUAGUUCAGUUCCACAGUUUUAUGGUCCUCCCUCUGGAUUCGUCUAUGGACCUAGUAUUCCCGGUGGUCCUCCUCCUCCUCCUCCUCUCAUGCAUUCUCUUUCUGCUCCCUGUCCAGAAAAGCUGCAGGUUCCUUGUUUUUAUCCGCAUGCUCCUCGCUAUUCCAAUCAGACAGCAGAUAUGAAGGUCUUGAGGGCUAAUUUAGUCAAGCAAAUUGAAUACUAUUUCAGUAACGGAAACCUGCAAACUGACCAAUAUUUAAUAUCAUUAAUGGAUGAGCAGGGAUGGGUGUCUAUAUCUGAAAUUGCAACAUUUAGGAGGGUUAAAAAAAUGACAAGUGAUAUAUCCUUAAUUUUGGAUGCAUUGCGAAGCUCACAUUUGAUAGAAGUCCAGGGUAACCAAAUAAGGACGCGUAGUGAUUGGUCUAAGUGGGUUCCUGCUUCACGUCAGCCUGUAGUUUCGGCACAAUCUCAGUCUAUUGGCAACCAACCUCCCGUCAGGGUGGAGAAUAGUGACAACAAUGAAACUAAUGUUAUUUGUAUUUCUCAUGAGAAUAGUUCAGCAAAUUCAAAUCCAACAGAUGAUUGUUCUGAGACGGAAAUUAAUAAUUGUUCAGAAUGCAGUCUUGAUAAUUUGCUCAUUAGUGAUGGAACUAUAAUACACAAUGGAGAUGACAUGAGCAACAGCAAGAAGGUAGAAUCUGGAAAGUUCUCAGAGGAUGGACAAAGAGAUUCCUGUGGUGGCUGUAACUGUACACCUGUUAGUCACUCCAUUGGCACCUAUGUUGAUAUCAGGACUAACUUUGGUGAUUCUGGUAUCUCUAAAAUGUCAGUGGAGGAAGCCAAACUAUCCAUUAGUGAUGCUAAAGUUGAGAAGAUAGCUAAUCCAACAAGCAUGAGAUCUGGCAUACAAGCUUCAGAUUUUGGUAAUGGUUUUCUUGAUGAAUCUCUAAGCUUAAAUGGACAAAGUACCUUUAUGCUUGAUGAAGAACUGGAACUAGAGCAGACAACAAAUGAGACAGAACAUCUUUCAUUAAAUAAUAGCGUUGACGAUGAAGAGGAUGAAGUAAAUGUUAAUGACCAAGAUGUGCACAGACUCGUAAUUGUCACACAAGAUAUUAUGGAUGACAAAGACGAUAGAACUGGUUCAGGGCGACAGGAGACAAUAUCAAUUGAACUUGCAUCUGCUAUCAACGAUGGGCUUUUUUUCUAUGAGCAGGAGUUGUGUGCCCAGCAAUCCAGUAACCGAAGGAAUAGGGUCAGGACAGAGAUCAAAUCUGGGGAUUCUAAAGCUACAAUUAAUGCAACCUCAUCUUUGGAUUUGAAAGCCAACAUAGAUAUUGGAAAUAAUGCCUCUGAAGAGCUUGGAGAAGCCAAUUCUAGAAGGCGGCAAAGCAAAUCGCAUUCCCUGCGUAAACAGCGUCUUUUCCCAAGUAAUUUUAGAAAUUAUGGCAGUGGACGAAAUCAUCAUGGGAUUGUGUCGGAAAGCCCACCAAGCAACUCUGUUGGCUUUUUCUUUGGUUCAACGCCACCAGAAAAUACCAGUCUAAUGUCGCCAAAGUUGAGUUGUUCUCCACAUGGUAUUCUUUCUGGGAGCCCGCCUGUGGGGUCGAUGCCAAAAUCUUUCCCACCAUUUCAGCAUCCAAGUCAUCGGCUUUUAGAAGAAAAUCAAUUUAAGCAGCAAAAGUAUCUGAAGUUCCACAAGCGUUGCCUUUAUAAUCGAAGGAGAUUAGGAAUUGGUUGCAGUGAGGAAAUGAUGACUCUUUAUCGAUUUUGGUCAUAUUUCCUUAGAAAUAUGUUCAACGAAGCUAUGUAUGAUGAAUUUUGCAAGCUAGCAAUGGAAGAUGCGGCUGCUGAAUAUAAUUAUGGAUUAGAAUGCCUUUUCAGAUUUUACAGUUAUGGAUUGGAGAAACACUUUAGAGAAGAUCUUUAUGCUGAUUUUGAACAACUUACGAUUGACUUUUACAAAAAAGGCAAUAUCUAUGGACUUGAAAAGUACUGGGCAUUUCACCACUUUAGAGAAGAGCGGGGCGAGACCGAGCCCAUAAGGAAGCACCCUGAGUUGGAGAGGCUUCUUCGAGAGAAGUAUCACAGCCUCGACGACUUCAGGUCCGAGGAGAAGGCAGAGAAGGCUUCCAAAGAAGAUUAGCAACAGCAGCAUUCUGAAGCCACACACACCAUUGAUGGUCUUGCUGUGGUUUAUGCCUGCUGCUUAACCGUGCACAACACCUUGGGAGUCUAGUCUUUAGUUUAGAUGAUAGGGGAUUUGUUCAUUCUUACAUACGGAGAUUUUUUAGAUCCUUGCCAGUUUUAGAAGUAGGCUGGGUCGAAAAUUAUUCUCUCUCCAUCCCUCAUUUGUACAUAAGGAAUACAAUAAAAACUGUAUCGAGAAACCGACGAAUAAGAGAUACUACCACUUUACAAGACAUCCCACCCAUUAUGUCGGUCUAUAGUUCUGUAAUGUAUGCCUAUUGGAUUUCA